GGCCCUACAGCUGUGCCUCGUCUUGCCCACGUGACUCGGGCAAGGAAGAGCGGGGACACACAGCCACGGAUCUCUCAGACUCUGUCUUAUACCGCCAUAGGUCCCAUGCACGGCCCUUUUGCCCAUUCAUCAGGCUUUUAACUUCAGAACCAUUUUUAACUGCUGCCAGGGCUCAACUCCAACGCACGUCAGUGAAUGAAGAAUGCUUUGGGACAUGUACAAAGCGCUUUUCCUUCAACAACUGGGUGAUCUCACCCAUUUGAGUUUGAAACGGUCCUCCGAGUAGUUUUCAGGGAGACUUGAGUCCAACCCAGCACCUAAUUUCAAAAUCUGCAAUACCGCCAAGAGGCCACAUGUCGUACAAGUGGAUCUCUUGUGCCCUUGUUCAAUCAGGACAGUCAUUUCUUCUCUCCAUUGCUCAGGAGGUCGCAGCCCUUUGUGUAGGGGGCUGGCUGUGUUACUCAAGCCGGGAAGGAAGGAAGGUCAUCUGUAUAUGCUCAGAACCACUCUAGUCCGAAUUACUCCCCGGGGCUUCGGGGAUUAAAACAGACUUCAGGGCUGAGACCUGGAAACGAAACCCUGCCUGAGUCGGCCUCCCUCCCAGGGGGGGCCAUCGCGUCGAGGGGCUCCGUCUGCGGCACGAAUGCUCGGGAAAUUCUGCUCCUAACUCCACCCACGAGUCUCCGGGAUCAUCGCCCAAAUGCUAGCCGACAACACCACCUUCCCCGGCCCGGCUUCCCUCUGCGUUUCCGGUGGAGCAAAGGCAGGACAUCAGCUGCAGCAGCAGGAGUCCGGUACGCGGCGGCGGGACUUCAAGCGGCAGUCUCGGAGCCUCCCGUAGGGGUGCCCGCAGACUAGCUCCACGAAGCACCGCCCUGUGGCAGAGCCCUGUUGCGGUGACGUGGCAUUCUCACGUGUUCGGAAGUGAGACGCGGCGUUCUGUGGAGGGGGCCGAGGCGUUUCGCCGCUCGCUGGUGUGUCUUUCUGCCCGGGUGGAUGCCUUCUUAGUGGAGGGUCUCUUGCGCCUCUGCCUUCCCGCAGCCUGCCCACGCGCAGCCUCCCUUUCCACUCUCCUGCCAGACAGCGCGGACGAUGCUGAAAGCCGUGAUCCUCAUCGGGGGCCCUCAGAAAGGGACGCGCUUCCGCCCCUUGUCUUUUGAGGUGCCCAAGCCCCUCUUCCCUGUGGCAGGGGUGCCUAUGAUACAGCACCACAUCGAAGCAUGCACAAAGGUGCCCAACAUGAAGGAGAUCCUCCUGAUCGGGUUCUAUCAGCCCAAUGAGGCCCUCAGCCGCUUCCUGGUAUCAGCCCAGCAAGAGUUCAAAAUGCCUAUCAGGUACCUGCAAGAAUAUGCCGCCCUCGGCACAGGUGGUGGCAUCUACCACUUCCGGGACCAGAUCCUCACAGGUAACCCCGAGGCCUUCUUUGUGCUCAACGCCGACGUCUGUUCCGAAUUCCCUCUGGGUGAGAUGCUGAGCUUCCACCGGCAGCGAGGCGAUCAUGACAGCUUCCUCAUGCUGGGCACCACGGCCAACAGGAAGCAGUCUCUGAACUAUGGCUGCAUCGUGGCGAAUGCCGAGACACACGAGGUCCUGCACUACGUGGAGAAGCCCAGCACUUUUGUGAGUGAGCUGAUCAACUGCGGCAUCUACUUGUUCACUCCGGCUAUCUUCCAUCACAUCGGGGCAGUCUUCCAGCACAACCAGCAGGAACUGCUUCUGGGCUUAUGCAUUGGGGAGGAGAGCAGCAACGGUUGGCAGCGAGCCGAGGCCAUCAGGCUGGAGCAGGACGUCUUCACAGCACUUGCUGGGCAGGGACGCCUCUUUGCCUACAAGACAGAGGGCUUCUGGAGCCAAAUCAAAUCCGCUGGGUCUGCUAUCUAUGCCAAUCGCCUCUACCUGAGCUGCUACAGCCAGUGCCACCCAGAGAGACUGGCCCAGAAUCACCCUGGUGGGCCCACCAUUCGAGGGAACGUCUAUAUCCAUCCAACAGCCUCUGUGGAUGCCAGUGCUGUGCUGGGUCCCAACGUCUCCAUUGGGAAGGGGGUGACGAUCGGUGCUGGAGUGCGUGUGCGUGAGUCCAUCAUUCUGCAUGGGGCUUCUCUCCAGGAUCAUACCUGUGUGCUGAACAGCAUUGUGGGCUGGGAUAGCACAAUUGGACGAUGGGCCCGUGUAGAGGGAACUCCCAGUGACCCCAACCCUAACGACCCCUAUGCCAAGAUAGACAGUGAGACUCUCUUCCGGGAUGGCCGCCUCACCCCUUCCAUCACCAUUCUGGGUUGUAACGUGACCAUCCCUGCUGAAGUGGUCAUCCUGAACGCCAUUGUCCUGCCCCACAAGGAACUCAGCCGCAGCUUCAAGAACCAAAUCAUUCUCUGAAGGGGCAGGGGGUGACUCCAGUUGCCCUCAGGGCGGAAGGCAGGGCAUCUCCUCGUGAGGCAUCACCCAACCCACCCUCCAGCCACAUCCUGUCUUUCUGUCCGGCAGGCCCAGGACUUGCUGCUCCGGCAUCGGGGCAGAGCUCCCUCCAGGCCUGCUCAUGGAGGAGGGAGGGGGGUGCGUUUUCUUUCUUGGGCUGCCGGGAUUUGCAAAGCCUCUCGGCUGCUCUUUGUUGUAGGACUGAAAGGGGGAGGCCUGCCUCAGCCUGGAGCCAUGGUGCCCCCUCAUGACCAGGAAAAGACUGUGGACACCAAAGCUGAAGCCUUCUCUCCGCACCUAGGCGUCUGAGGGGACUGGAGGCAUGUCUGCAUGCUCCCCAAGGAACUGGGUCAGCAUUUGUCAGCAUCCUUUAAUUCCCACCAGCCACACAGUACCCUCCUGGAUCCCCAUAGCAGCAUGCAGAGGGGGUCAGAGGCAUAACGGGGUCAGAGCCAGUAGUGCAGCCCAUGUGGCAGAUAUGCAGUCUCCCCCACCCAUAUAGGACCCUUUUCUGUUUUUCUAAUGAUGCUUCCCUGCCCUUCCAGUUGUGCUCUAAGGCCCUCAACCAGGGAGCUGUCACAUAGCCAUGCCCUAAUCCAGAGGUGCACAGUUUGGGCCCUCCGGCUGCUGUUGGACUAUAGUUCCCAUUCUCCCCAGCUACAGUGGCGAAUACCAUCACAGAUGAUGGGAGUUGUAGUCCAGCAGCUGGAGGGCCAAGGUUGUGCACCCCUCUCUCAAGCUGGUUGCCCAGCACUUCCCCCACACUGAACCUCUUUCCGUUUGCAGUGUCGAGGAACUGGCUUGCAGCCUCUAGUGGAGGAAUCUGAGAAUGGCAGGAGGGGAGAAGGGAAUCAACAUGCUAUCACAUACCUUGUUUUCCUCUCCAUCGUGAAACUUUGGCCCCAGUUGCCUCCCUAAUAUGUCAAGAGUGCAGAGAGGGUUACGGAGAAUGUGAUGGCCGCCAGCAAGUCACUGGUUUGAGACGGUGAUUCUCCUUGCUGGGUCCAAGAGAUGGUGCCAGUCAGCUCCUCCUACCCCUUGGAUGGCUCCAAGACACAGGACUAGAUCUUGGUGAGGAAUCGGCAGCAGCUGGAGACAACAAGCCUCUAUUGAAGGAAAUGGCUGGGUGUGUGAGCUUUUAAUACGUGGGAUCGGCUUUCCCCAAGGGGUGGAACAAGAGCCUGAAUUGAGCAGGGGGGCUCUGUCCGAUGGAAUGGAGCACACAUGAAACAGCCUUGUAACUCUUAAGGUUUGCUAGGAACCCUACACACUUCAACUCCAGGGAGAGGAAAGUGUUUUGACCAUCAGCUUUACUUCUACAUAAAAGGCCUGAGGUUUCAGGGCUAGGGCAGAAAUGCCCUAAUUUGAUUCUCUCUGACCCAGAUGCAAUUAAAGUGGUUCAAAACUGAACCAAACACAAUUCUCCUUGCCUUAAUGACAGGCUUGCCACUGCUUCGUGGAAUGUACCAGCUUUGCAUUAAAUGUCAGUGCUGAUGGUUGCUAAGCUGCACCCGGAACCUUUUCCCUCUUGCAUGCUCAGGAAUUGGAGCACCCUGGUGAACUAGCAGCAGCAUCAGGAGAAAAUUGCAACCCUGACGUGAAGCUGCCUCCCGUACAGCUGGACUCCUGCAGGUCAUGGGCUUAGAGCUAAAAUGGGUUCUGUAGCCUGUGACUGCAAUGAUAUUUAACCAAUAAAGGGCGUAUUCUGUGGCUGGUGUUCCUCACAGGUUGAGAAGCAGACUCCUCUCCUCUGUUAAUCCCUCCUGCCCCUGUGGCAACGUGGGAGUCAGUGUCAUGACGGGACUGAAAUGCCUGCAUUCUCUUGCUGUGCAUUUACCCAGGAUGCAGGGUGCAUCUCUUACUUGGUGAUGUUAAAUUUUGUUAAUGGUAGCAUCUGGUAUAAAAUAAAAUAAAACCAAGAGAUUGGA